ACACGAGAUAUUUAAAAUAGAAGAAGACGCCGAAUCAUUGAAAUGCAAAUCUUGAUCAUAUACAUUUAAUUUAUUCAAUAAAAUUUAUUUCAAAAUUUUCAAACCACGAUUCGCUCAAACUGAAAUUGAUAUAAUUUUGACUGGAAUUUGAUGAUAUAGACAUUGCGCGCAAACAACUUUUAUGUUUACAAUCUCGACAUGGCAGAUAGUGAUAACUCUUUUAAAAAAAGAAUAUAAAUUGAUUUAAUAAAAUUUUGUUUACAAAUUGUAUCUGAUUAGACUAAUUAGGUCAUUUUAAUGUAAUUUUGAUUAAUCUCGUAAAAUUAUUUUAUUUCCCAAUUAACGUGGCACAAUCGACGUGUACAACUGACCCAGUGUACUCGCCAGUGAACUAGGUCGAUCAAUAUUGUACGGGAGGAAGGGAGGCAGUUUUCUCACACGAGAGGUGGUGACCACCCUUCUUCACGAGGAGAUGCGCGUGUGGAAAUUGCUUUCAGUGCGCGGCAUAAAAUUCGCCCACCCGAAACAUGUCGUCGUCUUCUAGCGAGGAUUGUCUCACGGUCGUGGAUGUACCGGAAGAUCGCUACGAGGAGGCGAUCCACCAUUUGAGAUGGAACUUCUUUGCCGAUGAGCCGCUCAACAACGCCGUAGGGCUUUGCGCGAGGGGGGAAUCUCAGCGCGAACUUGAGCGACACUGCCUUUUCACCUUGAAGCAGGGUUACUCCAGGAUGCUAGUGAAUAAGAAGGGAGCGAUAGCGGGAAUGGCACUAAAUGGUAUUCUGAAGAAAGGUGAGCGCGAGGAAGCAGAACGGCGUCUCGACGAGUUGGAUGACGAAAAGUUCAAGACGAUCUUCAGAUUACUCUAUAAGUUGAACGACAAGGUUGAUUUGUUCGCCAAGUAUGAUGUGGAUGAGCUAUUCGAGUGUCGGAUUCUCAGCGUUGACGCGGAUCACCGCGGCAAAGGUUUGGCCAAUAUUCUCAUGGCCGAUAGCUUGAAAACCGCCCAAAAUGCCAAUUUCAAGGUGUGUAAGGCCGACGCGACCGGUGCAUUUUCACAGAAGGUCUGUCUGAAGCACGGUUUCAAGGUGGAGGCAGAGAUCUCGUAUGCGGAAUUGGACAAGUCCAUCAGACCGGCGCCGCCUCAUCAGGCGUUAAAACUGAUGGUGAAGUUGCUAGAUUGAAAAUAAAAUAAGAAAGUCGGUCGCUCGAAGAGCUUAAUUAAAUUAAACCGUCAACACGAAAGCGCAAAGCGCGAAGUAGAUAAAAGAUAUGUAUACUGUCGUCGUGUCGUGACAAUAACAUCACUGUUAAUGCAUGUCUCGGUGUCGUGAAUGACAUGACGCCUUCUUAUAGAAUAUUUCUAUCUAAUUAUCUAAAAGCAAAAAAGAAAAAAGAGUGUAUCAUGCGUUUCACGCAUAAUACGUGUCGAAACCGGAUAUCAUUUCCGAAUGAUAUCCGGUAUUACUGCCCCACGAGUAUAUAUGUUCCGAACGUGGAGUCGUCGUUAAAAGGAACGUCGAGAAAGAGAAUGAUUCAAUGAAAUUGAAUAAUUUAAUGUAGCGAACGGACUGCGAAAGUCUAACUGCUAAAAGUCUAACAAAUGUUUCGCAUUUGGAUCUUUCAUUCUUGCUCUGCGCGGCUAACAGUCAAUCUAGCGAAACAGAGAAGAUAUAUAUGAAAUAUGGUAUGUAUUAUUUGACUCUUAUAUACGUUAAAAAUAAAACGUAGAUACGUAUCAAUGAUCAAAUUUAAUUAAACGAUAAAUAUAAAAU